UUAGCUAGCCACAGUGGUGUUUUAGUUGUGUGUGUGUGCUGAAGGACAAGGAGCAAGAGCAAGAAAGAACACGGUCUGCCUGACGCUUGCUUACUUUUGGGUACCCCCAACCCUCCUUCACAACAGCUCGAGAUACGUAGAAUCAGAUCCUUCUCUUAAAGAAUGAAUUUGGUUUGGUGUCCCGGAACCAACACACAACCACUCUACUUUGUGUGGAAACAAACCAUUUUGAAGUGAAGCGGCUGAUCCCACAGGCACAAGCGGCUUCAUUUGUACUCUUUUGGGUCAAACAAGGUUAUGUGCACUUUUAGACCUCCCUGCAUAUCGAUCCCACGUAGUCUGCUCCAGAAAAUAAUCACUUUGUGUGCAGCCGUGGAAGGAGAGUGAGGAGCCAAAUGACAAGCACACAAGAGAAAUAACAUAUCAUUUUGUACGACUCUACUGGAGCAAUCACAUCUGUGUGAGCACUAGUGAGAGAUGCUUCGAGCAUUGUUUCUUCUCAUGGUCUGGACGGUGGAUGCACGUUGGAGCGAUUCUUGUCCCAAGUUAUGUGAGUGUUUUUCCAAGAAGUCUGGCCCAAGUCACCAAAAUUCAUAUUUCAUAACAGAAAAUAAUGAUUCCGGUGUCCCGGACUCUGCCACUGUGGAUUGCCAGUUCCGGAAUUUGACCCACAUCACUGGUUUGCACCUGCCCAUCGGCCCUAACACAUCUGCCGUGGCGAGUGACUCAGCGUGGCACCUCCGAGUAACCGAUCUGAUCCUGUCUCAUAACCAAAUUACAGAGCUUAGUUUCGGUCUGCUCCAACCGUUGACGGAGCUCCAGGGCCUGUAUUUGUCUCGGAACAAGAUCCGAUCAAUUACUUCGGAGUCGAAAGGAGCGUUGUAUAAGCCAUUCUUCAGCCUGCUACAUAUAGAUCUGAGUUGGAACAAGCUUCAUGUGAUCCAUGGCUACGUUUUUGUGGGAUUUCCAUCGGUAAAGACGCUAAACCUUUCGGGAAACGCCAUUCACACGGUGUCCGCUCAUGCCUUUGGUCUUCCAUCUUUGGAGACGUUGGAUAUGUCUGACAACCUUUUAGAAGAACUCCAUGACCACUUCUUCGACACGUCAACCAAGCUAACCGAGAUCGAUGUGUCUCAUAACAGGCUCUCCCGCUUGAACGAUGGUACGUUUGGUCUGCUAAUGAGCCUGUCUUUGUUGGAUCUGAGUUACAAUUCAUUGAUGAAGAUUGAAGACAACGUCUUGGUCGGCAUGAACAUCACCCAUUUGGAUCUGGGUUUCAACUCCUUGCGUUGGAUCCCCAAUUUGGCUUUGCGAAAGCUCUCCACCGUCACGACACUCGUCUUGGAUGGGAACCACUUCCAAGCUCUGGGUUCUUAUCAUCAGAACACACUUCGGGAUGUACACGUGGAGUUCCUGUCCAUCUCUCACAGUGCUCAAUUGCGCUUGGUCGAACAGGACGCCAUUGAGUCCAUGCCCAAUCUCCAGACCGUGACCAUUAACAACAACCCCACUUUGUCUUACUUCCACCCACGUGCCAUUCGAGACUCGCCUCGUUUAAGAGCGCUUGACCUCUCGAAUAAUCGUCUUUGGGCCCUCGAGGCCGACCUGGUAGCCACUGAUCGACUCCCGGAAUUGAGAGCUCUCUUCCUGAGUGGCAAUAACUUCUACUGUCAUUGCAGUCUGGGCUGGAUUGGGCAUCUACCGUCCUCGACCUCAUCGGUGAGUUCGGAGGGCGGCGGGAGCCAGAGUCAGGAGGCUAGUAGUGUCCACUCCCGGGUUCAAGUGCUGGAUUGGAAGCAAGUUGAGUGCCACUCGGAUGCGAGAAGUGAGCCCCCCCUGCAUGUGCAUCAAAUGAACCACUUUCGGCCUGAAUGUGAGCCCCACAUUCUCCCGCUUUUUGCCACCGACGAUGCCGAAAUGAUGGGAAAGAACGUGUCUUGGGUGUGCAAGGCCCUCGGAUCUAGGGAUAUGGAAGUGUCGUGGCGGGUCCCCAAGCGAAAUGUGCCCAAUAACGACCUGUUUCUGGCCAACGGAGACUGUGUCGAGAGGAUGUGUGUCCAGGGCAACGUUCUCACCCUCACCUAUCUUCAUCCCAUGGACCAGGGCAAGUACAUUUGCGUUGCUCGCAACAAGUACGGACAAGAUCAACGAGAAGUCAAACUAGCGGUCAAGUCCGAGAACAUUCAAAUUUUUCCCAUUACUGUGGCGUCAACUUUCGUCACUCUAAGUUGGAACGCCUCUGGCUCGUUGUCCACUGGGCGUGGAUACAUUCUUCAAGUGCGACAAGCCACACCCCCCGUCAUACCAAGUCCGAGGAACGGUCGAACCAAAUCGGCAUCAAUCCCAGAUCAGACGUUGAAUCGAGAUGCUCUCAAUGCCAAAGAUUUGGUAUCGUCAUACCCUGAGGAUCCACCCUUUGCCGGGGUUGAACCUUUGGAUUCGGCCCCUCGGCCAGAAGGACCCGUUCCCGCCUCUUUAUCCACUCCACCGGUACAAUAUCUGAUCAAACAGUAUGAGGAUAUUGACGUGGGUCUAAAGAUGAACUCGUACACCGUGACCGGACUCUCUCCCAGUCACACUUAUUUGUUCCAAUUGUGUCUCCGUAAAGACGUGUACGUGAUCACCAUCAGCUCCACUCAACUGACCACCAAAAGCAGUGACUUUCAAAUGGCUUUGGGUAUUGAGACAGACUAUGUGUCCAUUCUAAUCGUGUCACUGGCCAUUAUCGGCUUCGUCGGCUCGUGUGUCCUGGUAAAUGUGAUCCGAUUUUGGCGCUUCCAUUGGCCGGGCGAUCCUGAUUCGUUGUCCCAGCGCGAAAUGAUCGCUUCACCUUCAGAACAUUCCAGUGUGGUCAACACAAUCCCUGGAAAUCCCAGUCCGUAUCUAACGAGAUCAUUGAGACAGAAGUUCCGGACCUCGGAAGCGGCAAAUUAUUCGCCCUUUCUGAGAAAGGAGGCCCCGAUGAGCCGAGUUCGGAGUGUGUGCUCUGGUGACGAAUCCAAGUUAGUCGAACACGAAGUCUUGUCCCCUCUGGACGAUAUUAAAGCUGCUGAUCAAUCAUCAGUGGGGAAACAUCACGAAACCAGACUAGCUUAACGCACAGGUCAUCCAUCUCCAACUCAUUGGACAUUGAAAACUCAAUCUCUCUCCUUCUUCUUUCUCCCUUUUGGUAGCGUGAUUCGUGGAAAUAGCCACCCUUUGAUUUCUUUUGACCUUGAUAUUGACGAAGAAAAAGAACGAUGAGCUUGAAAGAAACGGGAUAUGAUUCAUUUCCUUGUCCGUUCUAGCACUAAAAAUUACUUUGAAGAGACACCACAGAUGGAGUGUGGGUAUGUAUGUCUGCCAAUUGCGAUGAAUGCAUCAAUUUCAGAAAGAAGUUCUUUUGAAGGUUCGACCUUCUAGCUACAACUGGAGAAUGGCCGAUUUCGUGGUGGCUGGAGUUAUUUCUGACACGAACGCUGUCUACAUUAUUGAUAUUAAGGAGUUGGCCCUUAAACGAACUUAGUCUGUCUCUCAUUAGCCUUGUGUAAUAAUGACACAAUCAAACCCUCCUGAGGUGCUGGCUUAAUCCUUAAUCUUAAACCCAAUCCCUGAAAUUUGAGCACCUUUACAACAGGUAUACGUAGUUGACUGGUGAAUAAUAGGACGGCCAGUGGGGGUCUUAAACGUUUGGGUGCUUUUCUUCCGCAAUCAUGGGCUAAAAUUUCCCACCGCAUGCUUUUCAAGCUUAACAGCCGAAAAUAAAUCAGACCCCAAUUGGGAUGGAAGUUUAUUGCUGAUAUGGUUGGAUAGACACUUCCUGAAUAUUCUUUACUUAUGCCAAAUCUUUCAAGCUCAUGAAUGCCCUGUCGAACAGGGGUAUCCCACCAUUGGGACAAUAAGCUUUUUCCUGCACGGUUUCGGGGCCCUAUGGGCCCAUUUUCUUGAUGGAAUAUGCACGAAUGUGGCGUACCAUCAGUUAUUGAGGGAAAAUGUCCGUGAAACACCCAUUGAUGCCGGUGAUAAGUUUCUUCUUUUGGACUGUUGUUAAUGUACCAGGAUUGAUAAACCAUUGCAUGAAGAAUGGUGGGAGGGAUCAGUGAUUGAUUGAGAGUGAAGUGACCCCGAUGGACUGUUAAUUCUCAUGAUUUGUAACCAAAUAAUUCCGCAUGAACCUGCUGCCAUGACGGUAGAAAAGUAACAAAUAUCUACCAGCUUCAUACCGGGUCUUACUUAGUACGUACGUAACAUGGCUUUAGAGGCUAGUUUUUUUAAACAAAAAAUUGAAUUUUCACAUCGAAAGUGGUACAAACUCAUGGAAUCACUUUUUUUCAAUGCAAGAUCCAGACGGGACUGUGACAAUGCUUCCCUGUCUUCCUUGUCAGAGUUUUUCACGAGCCCACCCACUCAGACACGAAGAUGUUGCAUAAGCACUGAAAUUAGACUACCGUAUUUUUAUUAUGAAAUUGCCAAUCAUGGCUAUUGGGACAUUGAAGUAGCAGUUGCAAAAUGAUACCAGCACAUUUUUUGGGAGGUCACUGAGGCACUUUCCACUUCAGAAGAGGUACAAAGAAACAAGAUGCAAGUUUCAAUUUCGGACAAAAAUCUUUUCUAAGGUUUCCAAAAAUUUAUUUUCAAAAUAGAUAUAGGGUAGCUUCCUUUAUCAGGGCAUCAAACAAUCAUCAACCAAUUGGCUAAGGAUGCAAACAAAUAAAUAACUAACACAAAGUGUUUGUUCAAUAGUUUUUUAUUUUAUCUC